UUAUGGAACUAACAAGCUAUCUGUACUCGGCUGGAGGUUCCUAGGUGGAACUGACAAGUUUACAAGUUCCCAGUCCGGAGGUUUCUUUACGGAACUGAUAAGUUAUCCUUACCUGGCCGGAGGUUCUUCCAUAGAACUAACAAGUACGAGACUCUUUGUAUGUGAUUAGUAGCGCUAACGGAUAUACUGUGUAACAUUAAGCAUGAACUCUAUUUUCUGUAUGUGAUUUGAAUAAGAAUAUGAAUAUGAAUCCGUUUCUGACGGAAAUCUGAAUAUGCAUAAGACUCUAUGACGGACAUCAUUCAUUAAAACUCUUUACUUUGUUAUUAUUCACUGGAUUCCAACUCACCGUAUUAUUUACGUAUGUAGGUCGUUAGUAGCGUGACCAGGCCUAGAGCUUCUGCCUGGACUUUGUUUUGCCUCCCGUAAAGGUUCCGGAUAUGUCUAGUGGUUAUGGCUAAGUACAUAAAGUUCAAGUUUUGUUUUCUUGUUUGGUUAAACAAGGCUUUGUUUAUUUUUUAAAUAGGGCUACGUCCCUCUUUGUCUACUCUAUAUAUAUAUAUAUGAUGACGUAAGAAUGAUGUAUAUAUAUAUAUGAAAAGUUUCAAAUUUUUCUGUCUCAUAUAAGUGCACAGCUCAAUGGAUGUUGUAUGUUUAUUAUUUGCUUCCGUUAGCCCCUAAUAUUAUGUCAAUAUGUCAAUAUGUCUCAAAGGCCUUCGGUAAUCCCAGGAUUACUGGCCGGUUACGAUGCUAAACCUAUAGGGGCGGGUUUGGGUCGUGACAACUAUGGACGAUAAUAUCCAUCUUUCAAAUGCCAUCAAGUGAAUGGGAGAGACAGCCACAUAGUGUUGUUUGACAGUAAUCAAUCGUCUGUGCUUGCCAUACAAAAUGAUUCACAAAAUUACCCACACAGAGAGGAGGCAGCUAUUUUGCUUUGGCAAAUCACAAAUAUUAGAAGCUUACAUAACAGAUCUCCCAUUAAUCAUCAAUCACAGAAUCAAUGAGAAUAUCAAUGACUAGAAUGAAAAAACACAAAUCAAAUAAAAAAGUUAAAAAAGAGACUAACAAUUCUAAUAACUGUUUUUUCUUUAACUAGAUUGGAAGAAGAACAAGAUCUAACCUAUUGUUUUGAGCUGCGCAUGCACUGUCUGUCUGUGUGUAGAAUAGAAUCUGGAGUAAGGAUCCUCGGCCGCCCUUUCCUGCGGCCCUACCUGCCGCCCUCUCCAAAACGACGUCGUUUUGGCUUGGUUUUUUGGCUUUCAUAUUCCUCUAUAAUCUCAUAUGUUUUGUGUUUAGCCCUAACAGAAACAAAGACGAGAGAGAAAGACGCUAGAUGAAGAGAGAGAGAGAGAGAGAGGCAUAGAGAAACGAACUAAGAGAGAUGGUGGAGGGACACGAUGGCAACGGUGACGGCGACGGCGGAGGACAGAGGAUGGCGAAGGGACACAACACAACGGCAAGGCAAGAUUGUGGCCAUGACGAGGCCUUCUAAAUACACAAGAGUUGGGGAAAUCAUGACUGAUCAGCACAAGUUGAUAACAGUGACAUCCGAUACAAACAUUCUUCAAGCAAUACAGCUCAUGACAGAGAAUCACAUACGGCAUGUUCCAGUGAUAGAUGGAAAGAUUGUUGGAAUGAUUUCGAUUGUAGAUGUUGUCCGAGCGAUGGUGGAGCAGCAAAGCGGGGAAGUGAAUAAACUGAAUGAGUUCAUCAAAGGAGAAUAUUACUGCUAAAAUCUUCACAGAAACUCUAUUUGACAACAUCCUUGUUUUCACAUUUUCUUUUCCCCCCAAGCCUCUUUGGCUUGAAUUUAUAGGACAAAGUCGCAAACAGUUGGUCCUUUCCUCUAGUUAAAUUUUUAUUUGGGUGAUCUUUUUAUUUUCUUUCCCUUUGUAAUUUUUAUUCUCUUAAAAAAAUAAGCACUGUUUUAUUUACAGAUCAAGU